UUCGUAAGACAAUGCAUAUUAAUUAAAUAUGAAUAUAUUAAUUUUACUCAUAUAUAUUUUUUUACUUUGUGAAUCUAAUUCCAAAAAAUUAUACAACGAAAUCCCUAGUUUAUUAGUACAAAAUGGACACCUAAUGUUUAUCGCGGCGUAUGACAAAAACAUUACAUUCAGUACCAGCUCUUCAGCAGGAGUAUCUAUAAAUAACAUUGACUUAGUUACAACACUCAAUAGGGCUCACAAUGCUACAAAACUUGUUGAAAACUACCAGAAAACCUUUACAUCAUAUGUAGACAGAAUAGAUUCUCUUGAACUGCGGAUAACUGAUAUACCAAUUCGGGGGGACAAUAGUUCUGUUUCGAGCACUUUUCCAAUUAGAAGAUUGAGAAGAUCAUUCAGUAUGUUAAUGAAAAGAGUUAGCGAUCUCGAAGCUGCACUGCUUCAAGAUGACUGUAUUGGCAACCCCUGCAAAAAUGGGGGAAUAUGUCAAGACAUGUACAAGAAUUACAUUUGUCAUUGCCCUGAUGGGUGGCAGGGCAUAGAUUGUUUAGAAGAUGUAAAUGAAUGUGCUAGGUUUGUAGGGACGGAUUUGGGUUGUCAAAAUGGAGCGACCUGUAUUAAUAAACCUGGAACUUACGAGUGUUUAUGUCAGCCGGGCUAUGUUGGAAUACACUGUACCAGGAGAAAGGCCGAUUGCAGUACAGGGGGUCAAGAAUUAUGCGGCCAUGGUACUUGCGUCCAACAAAACAAUCAGCUAGGGUACAAAUGUAUUUGUGAUCAGGGCUGGACAACAGAUGGAACAAAUCAAGCAUGUCUUGUAGACGUAAAUGAAUGUAAUUUAAAUCAUCCAUCCUGCUCAACAAAUCCAAAAGUUCCAUGUAUAAAUGUGCCUGGGUCUUUCUACUGCGGUGGUUGUCCUAUAGGAUACACCGGUAAUGGUUACUAUUGUUCUGAUAUAAACGAGUGUGAAACAAAUAAUGGAGGUUGUAGCAUUAACCCCAUGGUUACUUGUAUAAAUACACAGGGAUCUAGAAUGUGCAGUAAUUGCCCACCAGGUUAUGAAGGCGAUGGAAUUUCUUGCACAUUUAGAGGCUUAUGCAAUGUUAAUAAUGGUGGAUGUCAUCAUUUGGCUCAAUGCAGAGACAACUCUAGAAUUAGUUCAACAUAUGUGGAAUGUAUCUGUCCAACCGGAUAUGUUGGCAAUGGAAUAGGACCAACUGGUUGCAUGCUUUCUUCAAGUCCAUUCAACCCUUGUGCCUCAAACCCCUGCGUGAAUGGUGACUGUUCUGUGAAUAACGUUACAGGAGAAUAUAUUUGCACCUGCAGAAGAAACUUUACAGGCCGCAACUGUAAUAUGAUAAAGAAAGAUCCGUGCACUACAAACCCUUGCCUAAAUGGGGGUACUUGCCGGAAUGUAAUGGGGAUAACUUUUCAGUGUAUCUGUAAAAGUGGAUUCAGGGGAACACUGUGUGAAACAGAAGCUCCAGGCUGCGGUGGAAAAUUAUAUGGAACAUCUGGUAUAUUAAGUUAUCCUUCUGGUGAUUAUGAAACAUAUGGUCAUCGUUUAAGUUGUUCUUGGACCAUAGAAACAAAUUCUACUAAAAUUCUCAAUAUAACGUUUAGUAAAUUUGACAUCGAAGAGUCUACAGGUUGUCGAUCUGACUGGCUCCAGAUACAUGAUGGCCCAACUUCAGCAUCACAUCCUUUGGGAAGAUUUUGCGGAACUAAUCUGCCACUAGGCGGUAAAAUUUUAACGACACAUAACAUCAUUUACUUCUGGUUCAGAUCUAAUGCAGGAAAUGCCAAGACUGGGUUUAAACUUGUGUGGAAUGCUACAGAUCCAGUUUGUGGAGAAACAGUUAAUGCAACCUCUCAUGGAACAAUUGAAUCUCCUGGUUCUCCUGCAAAUUAUCCACCAAACCGGGAUUGUUACUGGAGGAUUAUAGUGCCUUUUGGUAAAAGAUUACAAUUUCAUUUUUUUUCAUUAGAUAUUGGCAACAAUGCAGACUGUGACCACGAUUUCAUAGAAUUUAAUAAUUUAUUCAAUAUAAGGAAUGGCGGAGCUUUUGCUAAAUUUUGUAACAGUUCGAAUCCAAUUCCAUUUUACUCAGUAAGUGAUGGUGUAGAGGUGCAUUUUCAUUCGGGUAAAGACAGCUCUCAUCCCGGUUUCCAGAUGACGUACUCUGUUGUAGAAGGAACACCGGGUUGUGGAGGCAUUUACACGGCAGCAGAGGGUACUAUAAAUUCUGCAAAACCAGACAGUUCAACACAUAACAUAUGUGAAUACAAAAUUCAGCAAGCAUACAAGACAAGAACAAAAAUCACAUUUUUAAAUUUAGAUCUUCACCAAACUUCUAGUUGUACCGAUGAAUAUAUUGAGAUUCGAGAAGGUCCAAACACAGAUUCGCCGUUGAUAGGACGGUACUGUGGCAAUAUUUUGCCAGCUUCUUACGUUUCUAAUGCUCAAAUAACCAUCAUCUCUUCAAUUUCCAGAGAUACCAGUAAAUGGAAAAUAAAAUAUGAAAAAAUCUGUGGUAUGAAAUUUUUCAACACUACCGGUUCAUUUGAAUCCCCUCUGCGAUCAAUGUCCAAAAUUGACUGUAUUUAUCAGAUAGAGCAGCCACUGGGAUAUAUCAUCGAACUAUCAAUAAAAGUAUUUUUGAGAAACCGACCUUACAGUACAGUAUAUUGCAACAAUUAUAUUGAAAUACGAGAUGGUGACAAUGAAGAUGCAGCACUAAUAAAAAAAUUCUGUGCAUCACAGACAAUCACUAUUACUUCUACAAGUAAUCAUUUAUGGAUUCGAUAUUUCCAAAGAUAUAAUUUUUUAGUAUCUUUUGAGGCAACCUACACAUCUACAAAUUUAGGAUGCGGGGGAAUAUUAAGAAAUAAAUUAGGCAACAUCGCCUCUCCAGUACGACCUGAAGGGUACUACCCACCCUCAUUAAAAUGCACUUGGGUGAUCAUUGCUCCCCCAAAGUCUGUGAUUCAACUAACAUGGAUAACUUUCAGCUUAGAACAAAGCUACGAAUGUUCUUAUGACAAUGUUCAAAUCUUCGACAAUAACACAGAGUUAGGAAUGGGAGGACUAAUAGGCAAAUAUUGUGGGUCCAAUCUACCGCCUAUUUUAAUGAGCUCUGGUAAUAUCAUGACAAUAGUUUUUGUCACUGAUGUCACUAUUCAUAUGGAUGGUUUCUUGGCUACAUACACAUUUAUGUCUGAUUCUAAUAUUUGUGGGGGGAAUUACUACACAUCUGCUGGUGUCAUUAAAACUCCAAACUAUCCAGAUGAAUAUCCCGCCAGUAAAGACUGCAAAUGGACAAUUACCGUACCUUCUGGACAACAAAUUCUACUAAAUGUAACCGAUUUCGACUUAGAAUAUUAUAUUAGUUGCAGAUAUGAUUGGUUAGAAAUAAGAAAUGGAGGAACAUCGAAUUCACCACUAUUGGGCAAGUACUGUGGCACCAAAAUUCCUAAACAAAUACCAUCCCAUACCAACAAGCUAUACCUACAUUUUACUUCGGAUCCAAACAGAGGAGGACGUGGUUUCAAGAUCAUCUGGUCCUCUACGGCAACAGGUUGUGGAGGUCACCUGACUUCACCUACUGGUUCUAUUAUAUCACCAAACUAUCCAGAACCAUACAGCAGAAAUACAGAUUGUACUUGGACAAUAAUAGUAGGGGCUGGAUCUCGAAUUCAAGUUAUAUUUUCUGAUAUGGAUUUAGAACAGAAUGUUCAGUGUAAUCUAGACUAUGUUCCAGAUUAUGUCCAAUUGUUUGACGGUCUGACUAUAAACUCCAAAUCUUUAGGAAAAUUCUGUUAUAAAGAAGAUAAACCAAUAGUGUCCACUAAUCACCAAAUGCUUGUUAAAUUCAGGGCCGAUGUUGCUUUUCAAGGUCGAGGGUUCCAGUUACACUACUCGACAAUCUGCAACAACACUCUUAGUGGAUUUAGAGGAGUAAUAGAAAGUCCAAACUUUCCCAACGAGUAUGCUCAAGAUCUCAAUUGUUGGUGGGACAUUGUCGUUUCCGACAGAAAUAAAAUAAAUAUAACAUUUUCUCACUUUGAGUUAGAGACUUCUUAUACACUCAACAAAACAUGCAUUUCGGAUUACCUGGAGAUAAAAUACUUGGAAGUAAAAGAAGAUUAUGAUGAAGAACCUGAUUAUAUUAGACAAGGCAAGUACUGCGGAACUGACAAUCCAGGACAAAUCACUUUAAAUUCCGAUCAUGCUCAAAUUCACUUUGUUAGUGAUAAAUGGGUAACAGGAUCAGGAUUUAGAUUAGAAUGGCAACUGUUUGGUUGUGGUGGAUAUUUAACUAGCAAUUCUGGUACUAUCCAAACUCCUAACUAUCCCAAACCAUAUUCCCCAUCAACUAAAUGUGAAUGGCAUAUUGAAAUAGAUUUUGGAUAUAGUAUCCAAAUAGAGUUCAGGGAUGUAGAUAUUGAAAAGGAUUCAUGUGAAUAUGACUGGAUUAAGAUUUAUAACGGACCAAAUACAUCUUCUAAUGUAAUUACAAAGUUUUGUUAUCAAAAAAAGCCUAUAGUCAUAUCCAGUACAGGAAAUCAAAUGUUUAUAGAGUUCCACUCUGACUACAGCUACGAAGGAAAAGGGUUCAUGGCAAAUUAUUCAUCGGUUCCUACAAAAUGUGGAGGAAGAUUUACUGCACCGGAGGGAGCUAUAUUUUCUCCAAAUUAUCCCAACAACUUUGACAAAAAUGAUACUUGCUUUUGGCUUAUCGAAAUUGAUGAAAAUCAUACAAUUGAAUUAUCCUUUGAAGACGCUGACUUGCCAACAAACUGUGACAAAAACUAUAUAAAAGUGUACGAUGGUCCAACUGAGGCUUACCCGGUUUUAAAGAAAGUUUGUAGUUUCGCACCAAAUGACACUAUUAAAUCCACUUUCAAUGAGAUGUACAUAGAAUUUAGGACAUCUACGUUACAUUACACAACAAAAGGAUUUCUAGCCAAAUACAAGAAGAAUUGCGGGUCGAGGUUAACUACUCAAGGAAGUGGCAACAUCCAAGUAACUCACGAUGAAUUAUCUGUGCAAUCUUAUUGUUUAUGGACUAUUGUAUCAUCAGAUCCCUCACGUCGUAUAACCUUAAUAAUAACCAAAAUGCAAAUGCACAUGUAUGAUUGCAAUGGAGAGAAUCCCGUUAAAAUAUACGGAGGGGAAACAACAGAAUCUCCUCUUCUUAAAAGUUAUUGCGGUAAGAAAGUACCUCCACCCCUAGUUAGUGAUGGGUCAGCUAUUACUAUAGAAUUACAACAGUCCAUGGACUUCUUUGCUACCUAUUCUGUUUUCGACUCUCAUUGCGGAGGGGAAUUUAAUGCGGCUGAAGGAUUCUUUGCCACUCCUGGAUAUCCCAAUAAAUAUCCGUCUGAUAUGGAAUGUGAAUGGAUAAUAAAUGUAGCUCCUGGUAACAACAUCAUGUUAACAUUCACUGAAUUCGACAUUCUGGAGUCAGAAAAAUGCAACACGGAUUUCCUAGAAAUCAGGUCAAAUAAUGUAUCCGGGGCCCUGCUUGGUAUUUAUUGUGGAAAGAAUAAACCACUGAAUAUUACUCAUGUAGGAACAUUAUGGUUGCUGUACAAAAGCAGCAAAUUAGACAGUGGUGCCAUCGUCUUGGCUAAAGGGUUCUAUGGAGAAUAUAAACUAAAUGACUACAAUGAGCUCAGCGGACCUCGUGGUACUAUAGCUUCGCCAAUGUAUCCACAAAGCUACUAUGAUUAUGGGACAUUCGCCUGGAAAAUAACAGUUGCACCCAGAAAACGUAUUUUGCUUAGCUUUAAAGAUUUUUAUGUGGAAUCUUAUAGUGAUGAAUGCUUUUCUGCAAAUUUUAUGGUUUAUGAUGGUGUUGACGAAACUGCACCAGAACUGAAGUCCAUUUGCGGUAUAGAACUUCCAGAUCCCAUAAAGUCAAGCACAAAUAUAUUGUACAUCACUAUGGAGUACAGUUAUGUUCGAAUGGGGUCUAAAUUUCUGGUAGAAUGGCUUGAAAUAAGCAAUGAACGAACAAAUAUAUCUUCAGGCACUACAAAUAAAGAUUGUGGAUCAUCGGAAGUAAUAGAUAUUAAUACAGUUGGAAGUUAUGAUCUUACAUCACCUGGUUAUCCUAAUGGCUACAAAAAUAAUCUAAACUGCGAAUGGAUAUUUUCAACAAUUUCAAUGAAUCAUUUGAUGGUGUAUAUCAUAGAUAUGAACCUUAAGAAUUUCUACGGAAGGGUGUAUUUUUGCAAUGAUGAUUAUGUUAGUUUAUAUCAGAAGCGUUCCAAAGAUAAUGACUGGGAACUAGUUAAAAAAAUUUGUAAUACAGAAGAACAACAAAAAAACUACCAAUUUACUAAUUUGCUCAAAGUUCAGUUUGUCACAAAUAGAUAUCUCAAUGGAACUGGUUUUAAACUUAAUGUAGAACAAAUUUGUGGAGGAUCUAUGACUGGACCUACUGGUUUUAUAUAUUUUAAUAGAACUGCAAUAUCUAGAUCUGGUUGUGAAUGGAAUGUAACUGUCCGUUCUGGGAAAACUAUUAAAGUCACUUUUGAAGAAAUGAACAUUGCACAUGAUCCUACAAAAGGCUGUGACAAUUACAUAAUGUUAAGAAAUGGAAAGUAUCAAGAUUCCUCUAUAUUAGGAAAUGGAAAAUAUUGUGGCACAGACAUUCCAGAACCUCUGAAUACUACUGGAAACUACUUGUAUAUAAAAUAUUACGGUUCUCUAAAAAUCAAGGGCUUCAAAUUAAAAUAUCAGGAAAUAUCUAUGACGUGUGGAGGUGAAAUAUUGUUGUCUUCUCUAGAUAACUCCACCGAAAUAAAUUCACCAAAUUUUCCAAAUAUUCCACUUCCUCAUACUGAAUGUUCCUGGAUGGUACGAGCACCUCCGGAUAAAUCACUUAGGAUAGAUUUUGAGGAUCGAUUUGAUUUGACUAAUCGAGCACAAUGUGAAGUCGAGUACGUCGAAGUGAGGGAUGGAGGUACCGAACUCUCACCGCUCAUAGGAAGGUAUUGUAAGGAAGUUCCCCAUACACAAUUUUCAACUGGCAACAUGAUGUUUGUGAAAUUCUUUACAAAUACUGAAGAUCCUCGAAAUGGUUUUAAAGCUAAAAUAUCAUUAGCAUAUUGUGGGGGUACACUUCGAGGUUUGGAAGGUGAAAUUAGGAAUCCGUCUCAACAACACGGAGAGGAAAAGAGAAACUGCACUUGGCAUAUUUCUGGGCCUACAGAUCAUUAUUUGAAUAUACAAUUUGUGGAACUCAAGAUGCAUGGGACAUUUGCAUUUCCAAAUAAAAACAAAAUCACUAUUUUUGAAAAAAAUAGUUUAUUUAAUAAUGUUACAAAACUUGGUGAAUAUACUGGAACAACUGUACCUCAACUACUCCUUACGUCAAGCAAUGAAGCAAUAAUCAACUACAUAGGGACAAAUAAAGACAAAUUUCAAUUGAGAUUUAACGCUAGUCAAUCCGAAUGUGGUGGUGUUAUGAAGGCAGAAUCUGGUACGAUAACAUCGCCAGGCUACCCUGUAAUGAACCACUUAAACAGAUACUGUCAGUGGACCAUCGAAGUACCAGAAGGUCGUCGUAUUACAGUUGAUUUUGUCGAUUUUGAUUUGGAUGAAACAAUUUUGUAUGACCAGUCAGUAGCAGUACUUGAUGGAUCGAUUCCUUUUAAAAUUCCUUUAGCUUAUCUCAGACCUGGCGCAUCCAAGAAAACUUUCGAAACAAGUUCAAAUAAGAUGAUGAUAAUAUUUUGGUCCGACCGCCCUUCACUACAUCGUGGUUUCAAAGCAACAUUUUCUGCAAAUAAACCAACCAUUUGUUCUAGCGACUUCAACAGUGACUCAGGUGUUCUGACACAACCAGCCAUCAGAAAUAGUUCAUAUUGGUGCCACUGGACACACAAAAUCAACGACUUCAUUAACAAAACAUUGUCUUUAAAAAUAAAUUUGAUUGUCAAUUCAACCAGAAGGCUUUUGAAUUUUAAUUGUACAUAUUCACCAUGGUCUAUCACAGUGAUGAACCAAGAUGAAAGACAUAUUUUAGCCAGCCUCUGUAAACCUACCGUCAAAGACUUCAUAGUUCGAUCACCGUUUCCAGUAACAAAAGUAACUGCUAUUGCAAAAAGUCAAAUGAAUUUCACAGUGGACUAUAACACAUAUGAUUGUGGUGGAAUAAUAGAGGAACAGCAAGGAUUUUUAUCCAGUCCAAACUACCCAAGUAAAUCGUCCAAGUCACUAGAAUGUGCUUGGUUGAUUAAAGUUUAUAAUGACCAGACUAUAAGCCUGACUAUGCUUAAUAUGUCUUUGGGGAAUGAUUGUGACAAAAACUUCAUUACAGUGUACAAUGGAGAGGGUCCUUCACACCCAAUGAUUGGAAAAUACUGUAAAACUGAUAAACCAAAUGUUAUAAUUUCUCAGAGUAACAGCUUGUGGAUGGAAUACAAAUAUGAAGCAGAUUCUUCAGGCAUAGGAUUCAAACUGAAAUAUGAGGCUAAAUCUGAAGGAUGUGGUGGAAUUUAUCACGAUAGAAACAGAUUUAUUCAAACACCAAAUUACGGCAAAGAUUAUCCGAAUAAUGCAGAAUGUUUAUGGGAAAUUAGGGCUAAUCCUGGGUAUUCCAUUGGAUUACAAUUUAUUGGCAGAUUUCAAAUUGAAGACAGCGACAAUUGUGCAAAUGAUUAUUUAGAGGUAUGGGACUGGCGAGAUGAAAAAUGGAUAUCAAUUGCCAAAAGAUGCGGUCGGAACAUUCCUACUGAUAUAAAAUCUACAGGAGAAAAAUUAAAAAUAUUGUUUAGAAGUAACGAGAAAACAACUGCAAGUGGAUUUAAGGCAAGGUGGGAAUGGUUUUGUGGAGGUACAUUCGAAGCAACAAAAACACCACGAUCCAUAGUGAGCCCAGGGUAUCCAUUAAUCUAUACUUCAAACUUAAACUGUGUGUACAACAUUACUACAAAGGCAGAAGUACUUGAUAUUGUUUUUGACGAUUUUGAGUUAGAGAAUGGUGCAACGAGUUGUAUAUACGACAACGUAACAAUUUCAGGAAAAUACUAUUCAACAUAUGCAGCAUUAAUAGCAACUUAUUGUGGUACAGCAAAACCGCCACCUUUGAGGGUGAGAGAAAAUGUCAUAAUUACAUUCAAAACGGAUAAAUGGGUUAACCGAAAAGGGUUCAAAUUCACAUACAGCGACGAAAGCUGUGGGGGAGACAUUAAUGAAACAACAGUUAUCGAAGCCCCUUCAAUUGAUUAUGGAAGAAGCAGUUUUCGAUACUACCAUCCCAGAAUUAAAUGUAUCUGGAAAAUUACUGCACCACCUAAACAAGUUGCUAUUUUAAGGGUGUUAUAUUUAGCAUUGCCAUCAAUAUGUUUAGGUCAAGGCUUAGAAAUAUACAAUGGUUUAAAUGAUCAACGACCAAAUAGAUUAGCAUCAUUAUGUGGAAAUAUAAGUGACAGUGAACAAUUAAUACAUGCUGAUUCUGGAAAAAUGUUAGUAAAAUUGAUGUCAAGCCCUUUCCGUUAUGGAGGAUUUAAAGCAGAAGUCUACUUUUCUCAUGGAUCUGCUGAAGGGUGUGGAGGAACUAUAAACCUUACUGAUACCAAGUACAUACAGGCACCUGAUUUGGAAAAUUUGGAUUGUAGAUGGAUAAUUAUAGCACCUAGAGACUACCAAAUAAAAAUUCAAUUUACGGAACUUAACAUACCAAGUGCAUGUAACAGUAAUGUAACCUUCCCAGUUUUUUGUACCUGUUCGUACAUCGAGGUACGUGAUGGUGGAGGUCCUUUAUCAGAAUUAAUAGAAAAAUUGUGCAGUCAUUUAAAUCAAAACGUGGAAUACAGGAAAUUCAGCACAUCUUCGAACUAUGGGUACAUACGAUUUGUACUUGCUGGUCGUCAAAACAAUGCAUUCAAAGCAACUUUAACACCUGUAAUAUCAAAAUGUGGUCCUUCAAUAUUAAACGCAACUAAGGAAAUAAAAACUUUGUCCUCUCCCUAUUAUCCAAAUAAUUACCCUUCUGGUACUAAAUGCACCUGGCUUAUAUCUGUUCAGAACGCACUAGACAAAAUAGAGUUACACUUUAGUGAUUUCAAUUUGACUGGCAGCGGUGAUUAUUUUAUAACUGAUAACAGAUGUGAUGAUGACAGACUGGAGAUAUCGGAGGAUCCUAACAGACAGAUAAUAACUGAAGGAUUUGGACCUCAAGCAGUAUACAAUUCACCCAGAAGAACUAUUUUCCUGACUUACAAUAAUGUACAAGGAAAACAUACAUUUUGCGGUGCUGAAGAAUCUCCAUUUGAUUACUAUUCAAUAGGAAGGUCUCUCACUAUAACAUUUAGAAGUCUCAUAACAUCAAAAACAAGCAAAGGUUUUAAGAUAGAGUACAGAACAGCUGGUUGUAACAGGAAUUAUACAAGUUUGCAAGGACGUAUUUUUAGUUCUAAUGACAAAUCAGAAUGUUUUAUUACAAUUACAGUACCGGAAAAUCGUACCAUUUCGCUAUAUUUUCAAAAGAUGGUGAUAUCUCACAGCUUCAACUGCAAAAAGGCAGCUUUUGAGGUGAGAGAUAAUGGACCUAAUGGAACAACAUUGAUGCGAUCCUGUGGUGUCAGAAUUCCAGAUCCUGUAUUUUCUUACACAAAUAAAUUAUAUGUUCACAUCUUUAAUGAAGACGUUUCUCCCUAUAUGCUUUCGUAUGACGUAGGGUAUACAUCAACAGAUGCGGGUAGGGGAUGUGGGGGAGAAUUAUAUAAUUAUGGAGGAUGGGUGUCAAGCCCCCUAUAUCCAAAUGAAUUCAGGAAUAGUACAGUUUGUACAUGGACACUCAGAGUACCAGUUGGUUUGAAUGCAGUUCUGAAGUUUACCAGUUUUGAACUUCAGGGAAGCUGUGAACAAAAUUAUGUCACUGUAAAUACGUUUUCAUCUGAUGGAACAACAAGCCAUAAAUUCUGUAAAGAUGAUCGACCAGCUAUCUUACGAUCUAAUUCUAAGAUUGAGAUUGUAUACGGAUCAUCAGUACACAACGGAGGACGUGGAUGGUUAGCAAAAUUCCAAGGAUUAACAGAUGACACUGCAGAAAUAUUUUAAGUUAAGCACUUUGAAUUAAUUUAUUUAAUAUAUAGAAUAAACUGUUUUUUUUUUAUAAAAUGGUAAUAUAGAAUACUGUUUAAUUA